AUGCCACACUACACCACCACCCCCGACUUCUCCACCCUCUUCUUCCACAACCUCGAGCACCAACGCCGCACCUUCUCCCCAAAGUUCGACGUCUACGAGACCGCCACCUCCUACACGCUCGAAGGUGAUCUUCCCGGCCUCGAGAAGCAAAACCUCAGCAUCGAGUUCACCGACCCCGUAACGCUCGUCAUCAAGGGCCAUAUCUCAAAGAAGUCCCCCUCAACUACCACCUCCGAGACGCUCAAGAGCGGGUCACGGACACCCUCACCGGAAAGAUCACUCAAAGCGACGGUCGAGGAUGAUGUCGACGAGGAGGACAGGAAGGAGAAGAAGAGUGAUGCGGUGGUAGAGAAGCGCGGCGAGAAGAGGAAGGAGAGGGAGUUCAAGACAAGGCAGUGGGUGAGUGAGAGGACGGUUGGCGCGUUCCAGAGGAGCUUUACAUUCCCGGCGGGGAUUGAGCAGGAGGGGGUAACGGCGGGGUUGGAGCAUGGGGUGUUGAGGAUUGUGGUGCCGAAGAUGGCGCCGGUGUCGAGGAGGAUUGAGAUCUCAUAA